CCUGAUUAAGUAAUGCCUGGCUGGGAGUGACAGAUCCUUGUCCACCCAACACCCUGCAGAUCCGGCCACAACCAAUACAAAGACAGCAAAUCUUCAGAACCUCCGGAUAAAAACACUCAAUGGGAGAGAUCUCUGUCUGCUCUUCAAUAGUAGAUAUCCUUGAUUAGAUGGAGAAAAAAACACUCUUCUGCAGGUUACGAAGGUAUCCCACUGUAGUGAUUCACAAAGAUAUUCUUCUGUGAAAGAUUAAAGUGGGACUUUGCUCUCCACAGAUGGCGGACACAGCGGGUUGGACUCAGACUGCACCCGUCUAUCAUCGCAUUCAUUUUCCUCAGCUGUCUGCCGUCUUGUCAGCGACAGAGAAAAGAGCGUGUUUCAGGACGCCUGCUCCUGCUGAUCUGCAUGGUUUGCACCAAAGUGCUCAAUGUCAAGACCAGACCAAUUGACUUUGUGUGCGAUGUACGUGCCAGAAGAAACAUGAACAAUGUAAAAGACCUGGAAGUGGCAAUGGCAUCCUGUAGCGGGUCUGAACAGCUCCCCUCCCCCGUCCCUGUACCAUGCGUCUUCAUCCACAAAGCAAUCUGGGAAAACAAAUCUCUCCAACAAAAGCAUGCAGAGGUAAGAUGGGCCCUGGAGGUGUUGCUCAACAGCGUGAAUCAGGUUUGGAUACAGAGCCCUCAAGGCAGCUGCCAAUCAUCUCUGCUAGAGGGACUGGAGCAUGGAGUGAAAAAUCACCUGCAUAUAGUGAACGGUCUGGGAAUCCAGGGAGACACAGGAGACUCACGGCCAGCCUGUUUCAGCCAGGAGACCCAGAGUGUCAGCCAGAUCCUGCGGCUCUAUGGCAGACUGCUGCAGGGCAAGCUAGAGUGCCUGUCCAGAGAUCUGUGCAACUGUGCAACUGUGCAGACACCACACACUGAACAUCUUUGAGGAUCUUUGUGUGGGCGCCGCUUUCCUACUAGCACUCUGUACUAUUUGAGCUGUGUGGACAACAGCGCCCCCUGCUGGUGACUGUAAAACUGGAGCUGUUCAGCGAUACCUGUUUAAAAAUGGAACAGACGUUUGAGAUUUAAAUAUUCUUUGAAAAGCAAGGAAAUAGACUUUGAAAAGCAAAGGGGAAAUUAUUUUCACCCUUGGGAUUUCUGAUCUCUGUUCUUGGUCAAACAACCAUGGUUUAAAAAGGAACUAAACUUUGGGGAUCCUUUCGGGACUUUCCAAAUGGAAGGUUUCAGUUGACUCAUCUUUAGGCCUACAUUUUGAAGCAUCGAUUUACCACCCCUAGUUAUGUCAACAUGGUCUGCUUUCAAUCCAGAAUUAUAUUGAAGACAAACCUCAUCUCCUUUUCUUCUCUCGUCAU